AAACUGGAGACCAAAGUCAAGAGGAAGAAUCUGAACCCCCACUGGAAUGAGACCUUUCUGUUUGAAGGUUUCCCCUUUGAGAAGGUGGUCCAGAGAACUCUGUACCUGCAGGUGCUCGAUUAUGACCGCUUCAGCAGGAACGACCCCAUUGGAGAGGUCUCCAUUCCACUCAACAAAUUAGAUCUGGCCAAUAUGCAGACUUUCUGGAAGGAGCUGAAACCAUGCAGUGAUGGCAGCGGGAGCCGAGGGGAUCUGUUGGUUUCUCUGUGCUACAACCCCACCGCCAACACUAUCACUGUGAGCAUCGUCAAAGCCCGCAACCUCAAAGCCAUGGACAUCGGAGGCACUUCUGACCCCUACGUGAAGGUGUGGUUGAUGCACAAGGACAAGCGUGUGGAGAAGAAGAAGACGGUGGUAAUGAAGCGUUGUCUAAACCCUGUUUUCAACGAGUCCUUUCCCUUCGACGUGCCUGCCCACGUGCUGAGGGAGACCACCAUAAUUAUCACUGUCAUGGACAAGGACAGGCUCAGUCGCAAUGAUGUCAUUGGAAAGAUUUAUCUCUCCUGGAAGAGCGGCCCCGCGGAGGUAAAACACUGGAAAGACAUGAUGGGUCGUCCUCGCAACGCCGUGGCCCAGUGGCACGCACUCAAGGCCUGAGGGAGCGACCAGACCACGUGACCCCUCCACCCCCGCGCCCAUCAAACCCCCCUUGCCCUCAGCGCACUUCUCCUGGGCUGCAGACAGUGUGCGUCACCUCUUUGUUCUCAGGCCUCUUUUACUCCCUUAAAUUUCACCCCCUUGUCAAGUUGUGAUAUCGACUUGACCGCUCACUUGACCUCUCGUUCCUGUGAUCUUUAAAUGUAUUUGAUGUCCA